UCCUCAGAUCAUCCCGAGCACAGUCCGGACAGGGGCCGCCUCCACGCUGCAUGGGAUCACAUCUCUCCAGGAGUCUCUUCUCUUCUCAAUUCGAUUUUAACAUUCUCGCGGCCUCUCUGUGCGGGCUCAUGACGGAGCUCGGAUCUGCACGAUGGAGAUAAUUGUAACCAUGGUUCGUUUCAAAUGUGCGUGUUCCCGGAGCAGCAGCAGCAGCAGCUGAGGUUUUCUUCCAAAGUGCGAGUGGAUCGUCACAGCGUGAUGGAUCAUACACAUGAGAGCGCAGUGCUGAGAAAACUUUUUGUUGUUGGGAUUUUGGUCAAUGUCUGGAUGAUGAGAGGGCUGUCAGCCGCCGAGAGCUUCACCACGGAGCUCCCCAAGAAGCCCUGCAACGAGUCCCGUCUGCAGUGGGAGGUGGAGGUCUGCGGGGAGGGCUUCAAGCGGGACAUGGCUCACAUCCAUCCACAGCACCGGUGUAACCUCACGCACUUCAUCAGUGAGUACCACCUCUUCACCCUCUGCACAGAGACAAAGGCCAGCCACGUCCACUGCUACUGGCCCAAUCCGCUGGUGGAGGUCUACAUAAUCAACAUACACAAGCACUUUUUCGCCAACUGCAGCAUGGAUCACGUGGAGUGGGUGGACCCGCCGGAGAACACGCUCACCGCCCUCAUCCUCAUCCCCGUGUUCCUCACUAUGGCCAUGAUCGCACUGGUGGUGUGGUGCAGCAAGAGGAGCGAUAACAUGGCCUAGGGAGGAAAGGAGGAAGGAGAAGGACUGAGUUCAUGGUCUCAGCGUCUUUACUGAAACAGUACAGCAAACUGUGCAUAAUAUAGAAGUGCAUGUUUGGUCAGUUCGUCAAAUGUUCCAUUAGUGACUCUGCAAACCACCACAUCCCAAAGAGACAAGGAGAGCAGUCCCUGGUUGUUUUACAUAAUGGGUUUGUGUCUGUAAAAAACGUCUUAGGGUUCAAACACUCAUGGUCACAUGGUCUCCUUCUUGGUCUCCUUCUUCUUAAACUGUUUCUAUACAACUCGGUUGCUCAAACAUAUCUAGAUUUUCUGAACACAUUUUAGUGAUAUAUUAUCUGAUAUGUUAUCAACAUAUUUGGGACAUAAAUACAGUUUAACACAACAUGUCCUCCUAACGGUCAUAGAAAACAUGAUCUGAUUGCAAUUACUUUUCCAUCAAACAUUUGCUGUCUUAAGUUUCGUUAUUUAGAAACAUAAUUUCUAAGAGAAAUGAAAGAAAUUGGAUAUCACCAGUCUGCCAUAUAUUAGUAUUAUCCCAAAAAUAUCCCCAAAUCAGUUUCUGGUUCUGGUUUACUACAUUUCUUAAAUGCACUGCACGCCGGGAACCCUCCUUUAAAAUGUGUUGAAUGUGGCCCACAGGGGAUGUUGGUGGUUUGAUAUUAUUGUCACUCAUCAGGGAACUGGACCAGCAGGACAAUUGACCAAAUCUUGGGGCAUUGCGUAAUUCAGCUCAUGGAUCUGGACCGUGGAGCUCUUGUCGGAUUCUUGUCGGAGCACUGUAUCGUUGUUGAAGGCCAAAGUAUCCACAGAGCAUCAGAGGCAGCAACUGAAGACUUUUGGAAAGAAGACUCCCAGAGGACGCUCGUUAAAUAUGUGAACAUGAUACCACAUGAUGGCUGCAUGGGAGGAUGAAAAAGAGGCCAAAUCUGGACUUAAUAUUGAUUCUGCGAGUUGGAUCUGUAUGUUGAUCCAUUGAACAGACUGUUGCCACUGGAAAUGAAAGAAAUCCCACAGGUGAUUAACCCAAAGACAAGGCAACACUAUCAUUUGUGUGUUUUUGGACUUCAUUUUAAUGUGUGUCUACCUGAGCCCCAGUGGACUGUAUAGAACAGUGUAACUUAUCACAUAAUGUUGAAUAAAUCACUGUUAAUACUCACAAAGAGGGGUUCUCAGUGGAAACGAAGCAACUAUGAGAUGACAUUGAGACCUCAUUCUGUACAGUCAUACUCUGUCCAUGCUGUCUACUGUAAUUGCACUGCCUUUUCAAAGUUCCUCAAAGAGUGGAACGGAACCUAUCAUGCACAGUGUCGUGGUUGAUUCUCUGGCCCACAGUCCUCAUCUGUCAAAGCUAAACCUAGCCCCGAUUUUCCAUGUUCUUGCACAGCGUCGGACAUCGGUGUGUGUUAGCCAGCGCUCACAUCGGCGGCCGUCUGUGGAAGCAGGAACUCCUCACUGAAAGCGAUUAAAUACCAAGUCUCUUUUAACAUGGCUGGUUUACUCUGUCUUGACAUCAAGAAAGCAAACACUCGCAGGCAGCUUUGUGAUGCGGUCUAUCUGAGGUCAUCCCUUCAUGAAUGUUUUAGCGAAGCCACAGACAUGUGUCGUCUGCUGCCUCCUGUUUCUCUGAUCCAGAGUCAGUGUUUCACAGGGGAGCGGUAAGACUCUCACCGUAUGAUCACAACCAUUGAUGAUAGAGAUGAUUCCAAAAUCAUUUCCCCCCUUACCAUAAUUCCCAUUCCUAGACGUUGUGUAUUGGCCGAUACCAGAAAGAAACCCAACUUAUCACAUUUUAACAGCUGUAUGCUUCUAACCUUGUGUGGAAGUGCUUUAUUUGGAUGAAACUAAUAUAUUCACCAGUACACUUGAUAGACCGACCCAGCAUUCUCAACAGUAUCAGAGGUAUUUCCGUUGCUGGUAUCAGUGUGGAAACAUUUCUUCACUGUGAUACUGAUCCAGCUGGUCAGCACAUAUUUCAUUUCUCUCGAAAUUUCCCCAAUUGUGAAGAGUCAUGUUUUCUUUUUCCCAGACAUUGUGAUGCACUGCUCUGGUUAAUUAGUGAAAGAAUUAAACUUGCGGUUGAUUAGUUCACAGAUAAUUCCGUCAGUUAUUUAUAUUUAUAUUUACAUUGGAUAAAAAAAAAACUUAAUAACAUAAAUAUGUGCCAUAAACAAUAAAAGUUAAGGAAGCCUAAGGUGGCCAGAAUCAAGCAGAGCACAACCUUCAAGUAAAGCCUCUAUAGUUGAGCAUGAAAAACAUUUUCCCUUUACAUUUCCAACUGAGUCUUCAGUAGCUUGUUUUAUUUUAAUGGACUUACAAACAGGAGUUUCAGUCCAGCCCAGGGGUCAUAGGGUACAUCAACAAUGAUUCAAAACCCUAAAGGCAGUUCAAACAAUUGCUCAUUUGUGACCAGAUUUAUCACAAGGUGUUUCCUCCCAACAGACAAACCCGCCCACCUGAGCCUCCCUGUUGAACUCCUUUAUAUUCUGUCAUCUGAGAAGAGUGGAAAUGUGUGUUUGUGUGUGUGUGUGUGUGAGCAUUCAUCACUGUCAAAGGAAACUCAACCAUUCCCGGCUCAAGUCAUCACAUCCUGAAGGGAUCAUUUUAUCAUCUGCUCACUCAGUUAUUUUCUGUAGAUACUAUUUAAGGUCACAAAUAAAAAAAACAAAUCAAAGACA